AUUGCAUCCUAUCCUAUCUACCUAUCUUGUUUCAGCUGACGGUAACAAAAUAAGUGAAAGUAAGCAAGUGCACUUGUAGGAUAGGAGUCUUAUCAGUUUAGGAGCGCGUAUAUAAGACGGACAGUUUUGCUACAGAGACGCGUUGUAGUUUUGUUGAAUUGUGUUUAUACACAUCCGACUGUUCACGCGCAAAGGUGAUGUGAAAAAGAGUGUUUAGUAUUAAAUAAGGUCGAUUGAUAUUUCCGUUUCCAGCACGUGAAACGUAUGAAACAUCUAUUGUGCGAGUGAAUUACAAAGUAUAAAAAUGUACAUUCUCACGAAAACACUAGCACUAAUAGUGUUAGGUAUCUCUUCUAUGGAAGCUGCGAAAGCUCCAACAUUUAGCAAUACUUACACAGUAAAAGGAACUCUCUACAUUCCAUAUGCUGAAAUCAGAGAACCAUUUUAUGCCUGGUAUGAUGGUACAAGUGGGUCCAGUAGAAUUGACUACUACGGAGGAAUGGUAAAGACAUACCAAUUGUCUCAUAAGGGACUGUAUGGAAAAAGCUUGAAAAUUGUCCCACUUACUACUGAAUCUCGUCUCAAUGAAGAAACGUGUUUUGAAGUAAAUGGCACGCAGGAUUUCAAGAUCCAGUGUCAAGCUAUUAUUCCAGACACAACUGGAAUGGAAUGUAUUGGCGAGGAACUGAUCAAUGGUUUGUUAUGUGAGAAAUGGAGACUGGUACAAGAGUUUGGAGACAAAUUGAACAAAUACACUCUCUGGAUAAGAUACAAGAAAUCUCCUAAAAUACCUUCCUUUAAAGAACCGAUACCUGUGAGGUAUGAAAUGAAAGGAUUCAACAGUCUCUUAGGCUCUCAUUAUGACCACUAUUAUCUGGAUUAUGAUUGGUACUCCUCUGAGACGCCUAACUCUGAAGUUUUUGAUAUCACAACGAACAUGACAUGCGCCAGUUUUCCUGGACCUGGAGACAAGCACAUAUACACAUUCAAUCCCAUGCGCGAGUUCGUUCAUAAUUACGACGGGCACAUGCAUGAGGCAUUCGAAGAGUUUAAAAAGAACCACAAAAAGGAAUACGCUGAUGACAAGGACCAACUGAUGCGUAAAGAAGUAUUUAGACAAAAUUUAAGAUUCAUCCAUUCGGUUAACCGAGCGAACAAAGGAUACCAAUUGCAAGUCAACCAUUUGGUAGACCGUACCGAGUUAGAACUGAAAGCUUUGCGUGGCAAGCAAUACACCAAAGGUUACAAUGGAGGACAGCCUUUCCCGUAUAACGUUGCACACGAAAUGACCAACGUACCAGAUAGCAUUGAUUGGAGGCUUUAUGGAGCUGUUACACCUGUUAAAGAUCAAUCUGUUUGCGGAUCUUGCUGGAGUUUUGGUACCACCGGUACCAUCGAAGGUGCUUACUACAUGAAGUACGGUGAAUUAGUUAGGCUGUCUCAACAGGCACUUAUUGACUGUUCGUGGGGCUAUGGAAACAAUGGCUGCGAUGGUGGCGAAGAUUUCAGAUCGUACCAGUGGAUCAUGAAACACGGAGGACUGCCGACUGAAGAUGAUUACGGUGGUUAUCUUGGCCAAGACGGUUACUGUCAUGUAGAUAAUACCACGUUGAUAGUCAAAAUUACCGGAUUUGUUAACGUCACACCGGGUGACCCUGAAGCUAUGAAGAUCGCUAUUGCGAAGCAUGGCCCUAUAUCCAUUUCGAUUGACGCAUCCCAUAAAACAUUCUCGUUCUACUCUCAUGGUGUAUACUAUGAACCAUCCUGUGGUAACACACCUGAGGAGAUGGAUCACGCAGUUCUGGCUGUCGGUUAUGGUAAAAUAGAUGGAAAGGACUACUGGUUGGUUAAAAAUUCAUGGUCCACUUAUUGGGGUAACGACGGCUAUAUCCUCAUGGCUCAAAAAGAUAACAACUGUGGUGUGUUAACAGCGCCAACAUACGUUACUAUGUAAAAUAGAGAUAUAAUGUUAUAUUCAUACUUUUAUUACAAUGUAACAGUUGGAAAAUGAGGCUCCUGAAAAUAAUUUUUGUAAAAAAUACUCUCGUUAUAAGUGUUUUUUAGCUGUUCACAGGAAUACGUUGUAAACGAAAAAUAAAUAAAUAAUUUCUUAAUAUUACUUAUA